AUCCAAACCGACAUGCCUUUCUUACUUGUGCACAUGUUGUUUUACCCAGUGAUGUUCUGAAGAAAGGAAGAGCUAUUGAAUACACGAAAAGAAGAGAUAUCAAAGUUUUAACUAAAAACGCCUGCCAAAUUGGAAAUGUUACUAAAGCUAUAUUCAGUUAUGGACGUACAAAGGAAGUCAGCGUUGAUGCUGCUUUGGUUGAGAUAAAACAGGAUAGACUGCCAACCGAUGGGAAAUUUGCAAAUGUUUAUCAUACUGAGCAGUUCAUCAAAGCAGGUUUUUCUGAAUGCAACAUUCCACAAUUCGCAAAAGGGGAAAUUGAGCAAGUAAAACCACUUAACUUUCGAAAGCCUGUUUUAAAGAUUGGUGCAAAAAGUGGGAUGACAAUCGGAUCAUUAAAAAUUGGAAAUUGUUGUGCAAAUGUGAGUCAUUAUGACGUACAUUACGAUGUACAUACAACAAAUAAUAUGGCGGAUUCUAUAACACUAUGUAAACAAAUGGAAGUCCUUCCCCAUUUCGAUCCAUCACAAACGUCUGAUUCCUGGGAUUCAUUUCUAGAUUAUGGGGAUUCUGGAUCGUUUGUCUUUUUUAUAUCGCAAGAAGACCCCUUAAUUUUGAAAUGUAUUGGGUUAGCAGUUGCCAAGACAUCGUAUGGAUCCUGUUUGAUGACACCUAUUGAUAAAGUGCUUGAUGCACUUGAUUUACCACAUAACUGCUUAUCAAAGUUUACGCCAAAUGUAUCUCAUGAGGAAACGAAAGCUGAUAUUUUAUCCAUAUUGAAUGACUUAUCAAGGAAAAUAGCUACAAAAGACGAUAUUGAGAAACUAGAAAAUGAAAUGCACAAAAUCAAUGAAAGGCUAUCUGCCACCGAGUCGGAGGUGAUAAUGCUAAUUACGGAGAAGACAAAAGAGGCGAGCUAAAGUUCGGUUAGGGAAACAUUGGCGUGUUAUAUGGGAUAAUGAACAAUUCCCCUUGAAUAUAUAAU